GAUGGAGUCUUGCUCUAUUGCCCAGGCUUAAGUGCAGUGGCUUGAUGAACACAGCUCAUUGCAGCCUUGACCUCCCAGGUUCAAACAAUCCUCCCACCUCAGGCUCUUGAGUAGCUGGAACCACAGAAGUGCACCACCACACCCGGCUAAUUUUUUUUUUUUUUUUUUUUUUGGUGGAGACUGGGUGUCUCUAUGUAGCCCAGGCUGGUCUUGAACUCCUGGGCCCAAGUAAUCCUCCCACUUCAGCCUCACAAAGUGCUGGGAUUAUAGGUGUGAGCAGCCACACCUGGUCCUUCCCCUUUCCCUUUUUCUUUAUUGCCUCUUUUUCAAAGGUUAAUGUAAGCUUUUUGGAAAUUCACAUGGUCUUCCUGACAGUUACAGGGCAAAGUAGUAUCUACACCCUGGGAACACCUAGCAGAUCUUUCUUAGAAGCCCCUAGCAGUUGUUUAUGAGCUUUGAUUUUUUAAAAAACUCUUUUGCUUUUGCCUUGCUUUUGAUGCCUUGAUGUGUUUUUUUCAUCACCUUUGGUUAUAUUAGUAAGCAUUGAAGCACCCUCUUUGCUGGUACUUGGUGUCUUAGCCUGAAGCUCCCUUUGACGUUCCCUGGAGGUGGAAAGCACUCUUUUUAUUUUGAUGUCGCCAUUUUGUUUUUACUUUGAUGGCAUUUGGGCCUGGAAUAUAGACACUCUGUUGGCACCGGGAGCCUUUAUAUGCCUACAAGGCUCAAAGCCCUGCCUGUGCCCACCGGGCCUGUCUCAUACCAGGAGGCUGACUAUUUCUGUCUGUCCUGGGGAAGCCACAGAACCAGUGCAAAGGAGUUGGGGGGUAGUUUUUUAUUAUUGCUGUUGUUGGGUGCCCUUCUCAAUCACUGCCUUUCUAGAUAGCCAUCUGGAUCACCUUUUCUUCCUAAAAUGUGAGAAGGCCCACACCCCUAUGCAUUUUAUUGUUCCCAAGUAUUAUAUGUUUGUGUACAUAUAUACAUAUAUAUAUAUUUUUUUUUUUUUUAACCGAAGAAAAAAAAAUCCCUUUGUAUACAAUCCUUUUAACAAAUUGUUUAUUAUUGUAUCCAGGUAACAAGCAUGGAUCAGACUGCAAAGGAUAAGGCCCUGCAGCACAUGGCGGCCAUGUCCUCAGCCCAGAUCGUCUCGGCCACUGCCAUUCAUAACAAGCUGGGGCUGCCUGGGAUUCCACGCCCGACCUUCCCGGGGGCGCCGGGGUUCUGGCCGGGAAUGAUUCAAACAGGGCAGCCAGGAUCCUCACAAGACGUCAAGCCUUUUGUGCAGCAGGCCUACCCCAUCCAGCCAGCAGUCACAGCCCCCAUUCCAGGGUUUGAGCCUGCAUCGGCCCCAGCUCCCUCAGUCCCUGCCUGGCAAGGUCGCUCCAUUGGCACAACCAAGCUUCGCCUGGUGGAAUUUUCAGCUUUUCUCGAGCAGCAGCGAGACCCAGACUCGUACAACAAACACCUCUUCGUGCACAUUGGGCAUGCCAACCAUUCUUACAGUGACCCAUUGCUUGAAUCAGUGGACAUUCGUCAGAUUUAUGACAAAUUUCCUGAAAAGAAAGGUGGCUUAAAGGAACUGUUUGGAAAGGGCCCUCAAAAUGCCUUCUUCCUCGUAAAAUUCUGGGCUGAUUUAAACUGCAAUAUUCAAGAUGAUGCUGGGGCUUUUUAUGGUGUAACCAGUCAGUACGAGAGUUCUGAAAAUAUGACAGUCACCUGUUCCACCAAAGUUUGCUCCUUUGGGAAGCAAGUAGUAGAAAAAGUAGAGACGGAGUAUGCAAGGUUUGAGAAUGGCCGAUUUGUAUACCGAAUAAACCGCUCCCCAAUGUGUGAAUAUAUGAUCAACUUCAUCCACAAGCUCAAACACUUACCAGAGAAAUAUAUGAUGAACAGUGUUUUGGAAAACUUCACAAUUUUAUUGGUGGUAACAAACAGGGAUACACAAGAAACUCUCCUCUGCAUGGCCUGUGUGUUUGAAGUUUCAAAUAGUGAACACGGAGCACAACAUCAUAUUUACAGGCUUGUAAAGGACUGAACGUGGUUAUUUAUAUAUAUAGAUAUCUGUAUAUACACACACACAUAUGUGCACACACACACUCUCUCUCCAUUAUCGAACGACUGACUGUAAACCUCACCACACAGGGUGGUGCCCUGGCCCCGAGGUCACCCCGACUUUUCUAAAUCUUGUUUGAGUGAAGUCAUUUUUUCAUGUGUUCAUACUAUCAUUGUAGCUGUGAAGUUCUGGUACAGUUGUAAAAAGAGAAAUUGAGUUGUUUCUCUAUGUUCUUCAGAUGUGCAGCCCACAAUUCCUCGGGAAAGGUGAACCUGAACAACCCAAGUCUCUCUCUGCAGAGCCCUGUUUCUAAUUGUGGUAGAAAAUAUUGAGACAGAGCAUUUGCCAUGGGACAUUUACAGCCUUUAUACAAAUGUAUUUAGUUCUCUUUUUUCCAACAUAAAAUUCUUGUUUUAAGAUACAAGUAAAAUUAAUCUUUAAAUAUAAAUGUAAAUUAGUACACAAAACUAAGAAUCUUUAGACUUAUCUUUGUAACUAAUUAGGGUGGAAGUUAUGAAAGAAUGUAAUUCACUAAAUUAUUUUUUAAAUGAAACCUUUUUUUUUCUUUUUGAAACCAAAUGUUAAACUAUAGCCUUAAGAAAUGCUUGGUAGAAGUGUCCUAAUGAGACAAAUUUGUACUUUUUUCCUCAAGGUUAACACUAAUCUCCUAAUCCAUUAAACUCUUGAACAGGUAUUACAAAGGAAGAAAACUUCACCCCUUAUCCUUAACAUAUAUAGUAUAUUUAAAAAAUAUAAAAUUGUAUUGUACUAAUGUGAUGAUUGAUUAUUUAAUGAAAAAGAAAAGAUGGCUCUUUUUGCAAUAAGUAGAUACAUACUGAAAAAAAUCUAAACUUACAAUGUUUAUAGUCUUGUGUGUGCAGUUAUAUUUUAUAUGGACAACCAAAUUUUUUAUUAAGAUGAAUAAAUAUUUGAACCACUGAAUUUUAAUAACAAAAUUUUAAAAUUGGCGUGAAUACUGAAUACUGCACUGUGAGAUGCAAAGUAUACAGAAUCUGUGGCUGGGAGAAAAUUUCAUCAAAUAGACAAGUAAAAGGCUCAUCAGUUUUAGCAUCUCUGCUCCCCAGAAAAUUGUAAGCAUCCUCACCAGCCUGUGGAUACAUUCUUUAUUUCUAGUGACCCAAUAUGCAUAUUAACCUGCUGUAACUAGGGCUAUAUGUGUAGGUAUGUGUAUACAUACACACAAAUGCACAUAUAGAGUUACUCAACACAUUUAGUGAACACUUGUUUAGUGUCACUCAGUUGGCUAGGUGCUGAUAUGUAUGUAUAUCUCAAUGUGUCUGUAGACUUAGAUACAUCCUCUCAAAGCACAUCCAUUUCCUUAGCCUCUCUCAGUAAGUUACAGUACUUGUUUGACUUAGGUUUAAGAGGCCCAGCUACCUAUCUCUGACCUUUUCAAAUAGGCUCAUUUGGGAGAUUCUUUUGCCAGGAGAGAUUCAACUUUCCAGUCUAAGUAUUCCAGAGCAUUGCCCCGGCAGAGUUGGUUUGAUGUGGCCAGAUGUUUUGAGUUAUUUCCCAUAAGUGUUUCACUGGGGAGAGAACAGGGAGUACUCCUCCAACUUCCCAAAGAAAUAUGUUUUUAUAAGUGGUAGGAACAUGUGCACACAAUAGAACAUGAAAUAAGUUUUUUAACUUGUAAAACAUGUCAAGAAUUUUCCACCAAGCUAGAAAAUAAAAAACUUAGUUCUACCACAUCCAGUUAACUUACACACCCCCUUCCCUGUCUCAACACCUGCUUUGACCCUGCUUUUGUAUUAUUACAUCAGUCAGCAUCUUGUGGUCCCUAACAUGAGGGUGUGGCUGGCUCGUGGGAAACAGCAAAACACUGACUAAGCCUGACCUCUCCCAAAUUGGGAAGACCAGAGGAGAAAGUGCAAAACUGUCCCCAUUUGGAAUGCCCAUUCCUUCUGGAAACGAGUUAGACAGUGCUCCUCUGCCCUUCAUAAACAGACUAGUGUUGGUUCCCUGAUUCCAGGCUGGCCUGUGAAGGAUUGCCCUAGGUGUCCACUUUCAUGGUCGUCACAUUUACAAUGACUUCUGUUGAACCACCCCUCUUAGGGAUGUUUCUUUUGCUCUUAUUUCCUGCAUCUUUCCUUAAGGGAAGCCCUAUCCUCUCCCAGGACCAGGAGUGUAUGACCAGGCGAGCACAAAUGGCUAAAAGCCAAGCUGUCCUAGAACUUCAGUGGGAGAGCUGUCUGGUUCAUAUUCUACCCAGGAAUGGGACUUUUCAGUGCAGCCAGGAGGGCUCUUGGGAUUUCCUUUCCAAAGCACAAAAAUACUGGGACCCAAGAAGAACAGCUAGAGGACAACUCUGUUGGCGCAGAGAUGAUCACAGCCCAGUCUGCUGACCUCACAGGGUCAGCUGGCCCCCCCUGGUGCUUCACCACCUGCAUCCUCUUGCUCAGAAUGCCUUUGCAGUUGAGUUUUCUGGGUUUCUGUGAUUGACCUUGAGGUUUACUCCUUGCUCUUACAACAUUUCCAAAGAUUUUUAAAAGUUUACUACUUGUCUUGUUCUUCUAAAGCUUUCUCCAGGACAGAUAUUUUCCCUAUCUUAACUACUGGUCCAGUCAUCCCAGUGGGCUUCUCUUUGUCUCUCCCAGAUUAGACCUUUGGGUGAGAUUGGCAUCACAACAUCUAAUCUGAGUCUGUCUUUUGUCCUUCAUUCUGUAUGGCAGUCUCCCUUUGUUAUAAAAACUUUCUAAAGCAUGCUAAAGAAGCCUUCCCAGAGCCCCAUCUCACUUCUAUUCCAGGUGCUCUAUCCCCUCGAGACCCUCUGGUGCCAGGCUUGCUUCACGGCCAUCUUGUGUUGUCACUGCAGAGUUUGGAGGCCAGUUUUCCACAGCCUGAACAGGGAGGAGCUGCAGAAUGGGGCUCGGGGCUCUGGUCUCUGGGCAUUCAUUUCCAUCAUAGAGGCUGAGAAUAAAACAAGGACUUCUUCACACGUUCUAGAACCCCAGAAUGGCCCAAGCUACCUGAGACCAGGGUUUCUCAACCUUGACACCAUUGACAUUUUGGACUGGGUAAUUCUUUGUUCUGCAGAGCUGUCGUUUGCACUGUAGGAGAUUUACUAAUAUCCCUGGCCUCUACCCAGUAGUACCAUUAGCACCUCUUCCCCACCCAUCGUGUCUCCAGACAUUGCCAAAUACCCCACUGGGUGCAAAAUGAUCCCCAGUCAAGACCUGUUGCCCAAGAUGUUACAGGUCACAAUGACCACAUUUGAAAUUGUUUUCCCUUUCGUUUUACCCCGUGAAAGCAUCUCCCCUAGAGCCUUGCAAGAGGCAGGUGACAUCGUGUCCAUAUUUCUUCUUCUUUCAAAACUUCCGUUUCACAACAAUUUCUCUCUCGCUACAAGUAUUCUUUCACUCAGCACUGGGGAAGUUGGGAACAGCUGGUCACCAUCAUCCCUUUAAUCAACUCACACCUGUUUAAAGAGUGUUUCUGAUUUGACCUUCAUCCCUUAGUUUAUUGGGGUUAAAAAAAGUCUCAGCAAUUUUCAUUAUUUCUCAUGGGUCUCAUUAUCAAACCUUUACUUAUUUCAGCAUAUUUCCUCUGGGCUUCUUCUGGUUUCUGCCUUACAAUCAAUGCUGUUUUGUAAAUUUAUUGAAACCUCUGGAACAUUUCACCUUUAGAGAUGGAGGAUGGAGGGAUUGGUACCAGAAGAGGGCUUAGAUAAAUUUUCUGUUUUGAGCUGAAAGCACAGUCUACUCUCCUUCGUUUUAUCGAUGAGAAAGUUGAGGCCAGAGGGGAGGUGACAUGUUUAGAGUCACCCAGCUGGUUAGUGACAGAAAAAGGGUGAGACUUGUCUAGGGUUCCUGCCACUUUGGUCCCUGGCCUCUCCUGGGGGAGGCUGCUGUUCUUUGGUGCUGUAAGCUUAAUCCCUCAGAAUGUGUAGACAGGUCAGCUUAGAAGAGAUGGGGAGAUUCAGGAUCCCCCUGUGCCAGAGCACAGCCUCACCAGAUGCUGCUUCCCACACUGAAGUGUCCUGUCUGACUGUUACUAUCUGAGGCAUCCACAAGCAAGUAGGAAAGCUGGCGAGCCAUUUUACUUCCUGAGGACAAUUCCCCAGCCACAGGCUCUGAGUCAAAUUUCUAUUUGGUAAGCAUCCUAGCAGCAAAGUCCUGCACUCAGACCAGCCAAAAAACAGCCCCCGUUCCAAGUACUUGGUGUCAGAAGUCCCCGAAUGACUUUUAAACCCAAGUCUUCUUAAGGUUUCAGUACUGUGGUGGCUUUAGCAGUUGUUUUUGUGCAACUAUAAAUUAUUUGAAUCAUCUGAGAUGACAGUCAAUUUUACAAACCAGGUACAUAUUAAUUUGUAUAAUUUUGUAUAUGCUCUGGUACACUAUACCUGAACUAACGAAGAGUAGAACUAAUUCUGUUUGUCAGUGUUCACAUUUGUGACAUUAGGAGGAUAUGUCUGCAUUGCUUAUUUCUUUAUGUUGGUGUUUCUGUGGCAAAGCCCUGCACAUGGCAUUUCUGAAAAGCCUUAAAUCUUUAAGAUGUUGCAUGUAGGGUAUGCAGUGCAAAAGGCUGCCUCGGAACUGUGAGCCCUUUUGUAAGCUGGAAGCAUUUCUCUUACUACUGUUACUUUUGUAGGAAGUUUUCAAUUCAGAGCUGCCAAAGUGUUCCCGUAAGCAGUGCCUUAGUAAUACCUUAGUCAUGCCGCCAGCCUUUUCUUACACCAAUUCCUAAUGUUCAUUUACGAAUUGGCCCAAUAUUGGAAACGAAACAAGCAAAAAUUGUCUUCAUUUUUGUUUUGUAAGCCCAUUUUUUCUCCAGUUCUAUAGGAAACUGACUGCUUGGUCUAAAAUCCGAAACUGGACACAAGUCAGUUCUUUCACCACACUCUCAAAUGUAUAUACCAAAACAAAAGGUUGCAACUUCAUAGUUUACUAUGAAAAGCAAAUUGUACUUUUUAAUGUUGCCUUUUAAAUUCAUGACCAAAUACUUAGCUAUUUGUGAAUCUUCUGCACUCUAGCAUGAAAGUGCCUUUGGUUUGAGAUUCCAGCUUAGAAAAGUGCUGCCAUAAUAACGAUAAUUUGUAGAGAGACCAAAAAUAUUUUGAGAUCACCGUAAUGCCUUUGGUUUACCGGGAUGAGUAACCAACCACAGGCCUCUGUUCACAAGAGCACGACGUGGUCCCCGCCUGCUGCUAGUCUGUCUGCCAGUGGGGGCCUCCCAACAUCCAUAGCACACUUCAGCGGAAGGACCCCAGAAACUGUUGUGUUUGUGUGUGCCGAUGACCUAGUGUGUCAUUUCACCUCAUCACCCAGCCCUGCGUCCGGAUGAGGGGACUUCCGCACAAACGACAGAAUCUCGGCCAGUGGACAGAUACUACAGCUUUCUCCUCCUCCUUGUGUUCGUGUUCAGUCUCUGUGGAGACUUUCUUUUCCAUUCAAAUGACAGUGCGCACUUAUCUGGUUUACACAAUGAUACCAUUUUGAAAGUUGGAAGCCUCAAACUGAGACGACAGUGCAGAACAAAACAAAAGUGAGUUAGGGUCGUUACAAUUGAAGUGUUCUUAGGGCAAACAUGUUGACUCCGAGUAUUGUGUAUGAAUGUGCUACGAGAAACUUCCAAAGAGCACCAUUCACAAUUUGGCAUUUUCAAAGAAUGUUCCAGCCCUCAAAGGGGCAACUCUUUAAAGUCCUUGUUGGCUUUUAUCCAAACGUUGUAGAAAUUGGGAAAGCUUGAUAGAGGUAAGGAAGAUGAGUGAAAAGGACAAGAAGGCCAAACACCAGCCAAAAAGAAACCAGGAAAAAAAAGAUUUUCUUUGCUAAUAUAGAUGUAAAAAUAACAUCAGACAUCUUUGAAAAUUAGCCUCUAAACUCUUAAUACAUAUGUUCUGUGUGUCUCUACCUGGUGUCUUUAAGAAUAUCCUCUCUGGGCUCUGAAAUUUAGGAGUGAUUCUUAUCCACUCCAAGUUGUGAGUAUUUAUAGAAAUUUGUGCAAACAAACAAAACUAUCAAAUGAAAAGAAAAUGUACUCAACCUAAGUUAUAGUUAGCUGCUGGAAUUCUCAACUCCUCCCUGCCAGCACUAUACCACAGUGUGGAAGAAAUUAGUCAAAUGCUUGUUUUCCUGCUUCUCUUUUCAACUGUUACUGUGCUUUGUUUGACAAUAGUUUUCUCUCUUAAAGUCAUUGCUUAUAUCGUUAAGAAUGAAGGUUUGUGUUUAAAGUUUAUUGCAUUGCAAAGGGUAGUUUCACUGAAGUCAUGCACCGUUAAAUAAGAUGAAAUAUUUGUAUUUAUUGUCCUACUUCCGAAGCCGUAACUUCUUUUACUCUGUGAAUUUGCAUUGAGUCACUCAUGCUACACUACAUCGCUUUAGUAUUUGAGAUGGCAUUUAUGUUUCCUCUCGUUUAUCAUGAAAUGGGGUCAGAUUCCAUCAGAUUCCACCUCUGUCAGGUGGACUCUUGUCUGCCUUCCAUGAUGAGAUUUUUUUUCUCCUUCCCCUUUCUGUAAGAGAGGCUGACAGAUCUAGGUGUCAAUCAAUUGGAAACCAGUCUCUGAUUUUUUUUCAUCAGUCAUUUUCUGUCAUUAGUUUCACUGUGUAAAUUAGAUAUCAACUGCACUUCUUUAAAAAAAAAAUACAUCUCCCUAUUACCUCCUUGAAAGAUUUACUUCUGUAGGCCUUUUUCAAUAGGCUCAUGACUGCAGACUAGAAAAAAAACAAGUAAAAACAAAAACAGUAUGUGCCUGAAAAUGACAAAAAAAAAAAAUUUGUAACAUUUAAAAAAGAAACCUGAAUAGCCUUUAAUUCUUUAAUAAUACACUUAAAUUUUAUGUAAAUCGGUUUUUGCCACGUGUGUUUGUUCACAUUCUAAAUGACUUAAUGGGAUUCUCACGGUCUGUGUCUUUGUGUCACGUGUAUAAAAUGGGCUUGUGAUGUAAGCGUUUCAUCUGGUCAGUGGUUCCUUUGAUAUUGUACUGCUGCUGGGAGUGGGCUGUGGAACCUGCCUUCGGGUAACUGGGUUCCUCUUGGGUAGAUUGGAGAGAUGGGGGUGGGCGUGGGCAAAUUCUCACACAUGUUUUCUUAACCUAUUUGCAGAAACUUUCAAAAGGCAUUUGAUUAAACCUCUUGGCAGUACAGUAUUCUUGUAUUUGUUAACGUCUGUGUUUAGGUACUGGUACCUUUUUGUUUUAAAAUGUUCUAAGUGUUGGCUUUAAAGUGAAUUUAUCUUUAGUAUGAUAGUUAUAUGAAAAUUAUAGGAUUUGUGUGCAGAGAAUUUUUUUAUAAAGUGCUUUGUAAAAAAAAAAAAAAAAUGUAUUCUAGCUUUUGCGGUACAUAUGUGUGAUAACUUUAAUACCCAUGACAGUUAAGUGCAAUUAUUUCAUCACUCUAAAAAUGCUAUUUUUGUGUCAGUUCCUGCAGGUGUUUUCAUGUCUUUGCAAAGUGACACAUUUUGAUGCCUUCUUGAUAAAGUGGUAGACAUUUUGUAGCUUUCUAGAAACUUUGUAUUCAUACGGUAUCAAUGAAAAAUAAAGAAAAUGAAAGUGUGGGUCA